GCUUCUUCUUCCGUUCAACUUAUGCGUACUUGUCUAGGCUCAUAUUUUCUAUGCUAGAGCUCGAAUCGAACGAUUGAGUGACGCUAGAGGCAAGUCCAGUUGUUGCAGAACAUUUUCGAACCUGAGGGUGACUAGUGCCCUCAGCAAGGCUGAGAGUCCAAACCUCGCGCCAAAUUCUCCAAGCUUCAGAUCGAGUUCAUGCCACAUCAACAAAACCUCCACGCAACACCUUUAUCUCCCCCGAUGAGCACAUUCUUUUCAACACGAUCGCGAUAGUGUCUACAUCAUGGCCUCGCAUCAACUGGCCAUCGCGAAGGCCUCCUUCUCGGCCGGUCUGCUCCGACCUGAUCCCACCUCACUCUCGCGCGACUCCAUCGCAGACUUUCACACUCUGCUGAAUACAGUCGUCACACAAUGCUCGCCAAGAAACGUCCAGAAAUGCAAGCAAUGGAUUUUGGAGAACAUCGCCCAAUCCGCUGCGCGGUUUACAGCGCUGGGGAAAUACUUAACUGCUCUGGCGGCAUCAUUCUCUGACUCCGGAAGAGCUACGGAUGCGACAAAGCGAGAGCCUUCGAUUAAAAGGAAACGUCUACAUGUCUUGUACCUGGUCAACGAUAUACUCUUUCAUACCAGACAUCGAGUGAACGACGCGUCGAUCUGUGGAAAGAUUCAGCCCAUACUUGUAAACCUGUUUGGAAGCGCAGCAUCUUUCAAAGAAUGUCCGAAACAUCAGCGGAAAGUCCUGGAUUUACUGGCUAUCUGGGAGGAGAAAGGCUAUUACUCGAAGGACUAUAUCGAGAAGCUCCGUGAAGCUGUCAAGAAUGCAUCCGAGGCAGGAGAACUUGUCGAGGGCACCACCGGGGAUAAAGAACAAGGUCUGCCUGCCAAAUCGUCAAAAUUGACUCCAUAUGUCAUGCCAGCUAUGCACGGAGAUGCCUCGACUCCAUGGUUCGAUUUACCUGCUGGAAAUCUCAUGCCACACAUUGUUCCAAAUUCCACACGGCCAAUCAAUCCCGAUAUGAUUAAGCCUCUGCAAUUCGUGGCCGGCCCAGCAGAGGAAGGGCUGACAUCGGCAGUAAAAGCCCUUCUGGACGAUGUACAAGCUAUCUUUGGCGAUGUUGGCACAGAAGAAAAGGCAGCCUUGGACAUUGAUGAGCUUGGACAAUCAAUCGUCGUUGAUGAGAUCUCUGGAGACAUUCUUGAAGGAGAGGGUUACUAUGGAUGGUCUCGGAUGUUUUGUGAGAAGAUGAAAAGAAGAAAGAAGGGUCUGGACGUGCCAAGUCGUGAUGAAGGUCGUGAUCAGAGGAGUCGAAGCAGGAGCUCAAGUCCUGGAAUGAGAAAGAGGCGGUACAGCCAGUCUGAUAGUGACUCGGAUCGAGGAGAAUUCAGAUCUACACGGCGUCGACGUUCUUACAGCUCGUCCCGCUCCCCAAGCCCAGAUGGCAAACGAAAUGGCCAGGCUCGAAGAUCAAGAAGCAAAUCAUAUUCCAGAUCUCCUCCACCUCCAGAACCACCAACGUCAAAUGGACCAGGCUUUCAAAGAGCACCACCACCACCACCGCCUCUUGCCAGCAGUCUACCAACCAAACCAUCCAUACCUCCGAUUCCACUUCCUCAUUUCCAACAAGGAUUCAACCCGAACUUUCCCCCACCCCCUCCACCAAAUAUGUCUUUCAACGGACAACCUCAAUACGGAGCAUGGCCUCCACCGCCUCCGCCGAUGCAAAACAUGAAUUACAACCCUCAAUAUCAACAGCAACAAGGUGCUUGGCCACCGCCGCCGCCUCCUCCAGGUCCGCCCCCUGGACCUCCACCUGGUAAUUACCAACAAGGGAACUAUCCGCAAGUCAACUACCAGCAACAAGGCUACCCGCCAUCUGGACCAGGUGGCUGGCAACAACAGCAGCCGCAAGGUGGUCGAGGCUACAACAAUAACAAUGGCUGGAACAACAACCGUGGAGGUAGAGGAGGGUAUCGAGGUAGGGGCUGGUAGUAUUGAAGACGUCAAAUCUCGCACACCCGCUCUUGGCAAGUCCAAUCCAAUAUACCCUUGCAAUGCCCUACUCUGCAGCUGAGUCACUCUGCAUGCAGUGGACGCAUUGCAGCACACCACCGCACUACGAUCCACGACAUCUACCUCAAACCCCUCAAAUCAAUGGCACAAUGACGACGGUUAGUGGGGAGAACCACCCCCACGGAAUAUAUCCCUCAGAAGCGGAGAACCCUGUAUGUUAGUAUAUGUUUGCAUGCAUGCAUUAGACUCAAUCCAGCUUUCCGACAGGAAAAGCAAUGCAAGCCUAA